UGCGCCUGUUCCAUUUGUUUCGAAUGGUCCUAAUAUACUGUGAAAUGGGAACACUACUGAUCCAAACUGCAUAUUCCAAUGACCUGCACUCAUACAAAAAAGUUGACAAGAAGAAAGAUGAAGCUUGUGACUGUUAUGAUGUGAACGAUUAUGAAGUCGACUACGAGUGUAGGUGCAUGUCCAAACACUUGACUACGAUUCCAAAAGAUCUUGGCCAAAAUCUUACCAAACUCACUUUGUCCGAUGCUGAGAUUGUCUUCAUCAGGAAGAAUAGUUUGGAUCCUUAUAGAAACACACUGAGGGAUGUGUCUCUCAGCAAUUUACCUUAUUUGAAGGAAAUUGAAGAUGGAACCUUCAGCAAUAUACCAAAUCUUCGAACAAUAUAUAUCAUAUCUGUACCAAACCUGCAAUUCGCCUAUGGGUUGCUGAAAGAUGUCACUUCAAUCAAUUUCUAUUCUUUGAGGAUUGUAGAAACAGGCCUACUCCGUAUUCCAGAGCUCUCAUUUCUACCAAGCGAGAAUGUUGUCCACAUUCUGGAACUGGAUCGCAACAAAUUCAAGAGACUUACUUCGAAUUCAAUCAAUGUGAGAGCAGAACAAGUAACGCUGAACCAUAACGAAAUCACUGAAGUGGAAAAUUUCGCCUUCAAUGGGUCAGAGAUCGGGAAAUUGAAUCUACGUGGAAACAGACGUCUGAAGACACUGGAAACCGAAGCUUUCAAAGGAAUGAGAAGCUUGAGAGAAUUGGAUCUGUCCGAGACAUCCAUCGAAGAACUACCUGCUGGAGGACUAGAAGGAGUGGAGAUCUUGAGGAUCGAGAACACGCCUUCCAUGAAAGUUAUACCCAGUAUUUAUGAUUUGGAGAGUUUGAAAGUGGCCCGUUUGACGCAUCCCUUCCAUUGUUGCGCCUUCAAGUAUCCAAAACGUCACAAUCCAUCCAGAUACGCCCAAAUUUCGGAAGAACUAAAAAGGUACUGCGAACAGUACAAAGAUCUGGACACUGGCCAGUUUGUUCCAAAAGCAGCCAAGACGAGAAAAAGAAGAUUCAACUCUAGGGAAAUUCCAAAUCUAGGGUUUUCCACAAGUCAACAGUUCGCCAACACAUACCGCAAGAACGGCGGGAAAGUUUGGAUGAAAGAAAACACUGACCCGAAUAACAACGAAUCCCUGUUCGUAAAUCCGCAGAGGGGGGAAACCAUAGAUCAUCAGGAGGCCAGGCCUGUAGAGAUUGACGAAGAUUUCGGCACCUUCCACGUGCAAUCUGCUGAUGUUUCAACCUCCUCUCGUCACGUCAACGCCUUCUGCGGAAAUUUGUCCAUAAGGAUUCCAGUUGUGAAGUGCUAUCCAGAACCGAACGCUUUGAAUCCUUGCGAAGACAUUAUGGGAUAUUCCUGGCUGCGAAUUUCUGUGUGGUUCGUAGUGAUAUUGACAGUAACAGGAAAUCUAGCUGUGAUAAUAGUUGUUAUAUUCAGUGGAGGCGACGUGACUGUCACUCGUUUCUUGAUCUGUAACCUAGCAACUGCCGAUCUCUCUAUGGGCCUCUAUCUGGCCCUCAUUGCCUUCAUGGAUCUCCACUCGGUAGGGAGCUACUUCAACUAUGCCUAUGACUGGCAAUACGGUCUGGGCUGCAAAUUGGCAGGGUUCCUCACCGUUUUUGCUAGUCAUUUGUCAGUAUUCACACUCACUGUCGUCACAAUAGAGCGCUGGUUCGCCAUCACCUACGCGAUUUAUCUCACAAAGAGGAUUCAUAUUGGGACUGCUGCGAAGACGAUGGUUUUCGGUUGGCUGUAUUCGAUAGCGAUCGCAGCGCUGCCGCUUGUUGGGGUGAGCAAUUACAGUAGUACAAGCAUUUGCCUACCAAUGGAGGUGAACAGACCUAUCGACAAAGCCUACCUCUACUUCAUGAUCCUAGUGAAUGGUGUAGCGUUUGCACUAAUAGUCUACUGCUACGCAAGGAUCUACCUAAGUCUUGGGUAUGAAACUAGAAGAUCGAGCACUAAGGGAGAGAUGACGAUUGCCAAAAAGAUGGCCUUGCUGAUAUUCACCGACUUUGCCACCUUUGCUCCAAUUGCUUUCUUCUCCCUGACGGCCCUGGCUGGUUAUCCUCUGAUAGGAGUGACCAGAGCUAAGAUCUUGCUGGUUUUCUUUUACCCGUUGAAUUCAUGUGCCAACCCUUACCUUUACGUCUUGAUGACUGCUCAAUAUAGAACGGAUUUUGCUCUGCUUAUGGCCAAAUGCGGCUACGACAAGCAUCUGAAACGUCGAAACACAGCUUCAUCUCAUCAUCAGAUGCAUGAAGGGAACAACAGCAAGAGUCCAUAUCCUUUAUUGCCUGUAGAUGACUGUAAACAACUAGAAUCUACUAAUAAUUUUCGUAACGAUGUUUAUGUUUGA